AUUGACAGCGUCCUACGGACUCCAUCUCUUGAAGAUUUCUUAGUUAAACCAAACCUAACCUUGAUCUCUAUAUCCAACAAGAACAUUUCUUCAAUGUUGCCAGGAGUUCAUAAAUUGGAAUUUACUUCAUUAAAUCAGCAACAAGUUGAACGAUGUAUCCAGUGGAUUAUUGAAAGAUCGAUCGAUACGUCUAUAACCGAUGCGCAAGGUUUAUAUUUAUGUGCUGUCUUGGGUCAUCUUGCCGUCACAACCUCACCUGAAAAGUGGUUAGAAUUACCUACGUGUGAAGCAACAGCACAGGCCUGUGACGUUUUACUUCGAUGUCUCAUAACCUCGUUUAGAAAAAGAUUGUUUAUUUCUCCAAAGUGUAAUUACUUGUUAGAAGCAAUUGCACCUGUGUUGGUCUGCAGCAGUAGCUCCCCGGGAUGGCUUACGUUUGCUGCAAAUUUUCUCCCGUUGUUUGGAAUGAAAUAUAUUAUGGAAAUCAACAUUGCUUCAUCAAAGUACGAAAAGGACGACUAUAUGCGAUUGUGGCACUUGGUGCUGUCACAUGACAUUCUAAACAUCAGGAAUGCCCCCAAAGAAGAUAAGCCCUACUACUACCAGUUCCUGAGACGAAUUCUAAAGUUUUCCCCAGACGAAGGUGCCCUUUUUAAAAUAUUUGCAAGUAAAGAAAUCAAGCGAUUUUUUUAUAAUCAGCAAGAUCAAGAGAAGUUCUGCACUGAUUUUUACAAGGAGAAUGUCCUGGCUAGCAGCGGCGAAAACGUUGGCAUUAGUGAAAAAUUACAACAGCUAAUUGAUCUUCCGAGAAAUCUUCGAGUUCAGUUGUCAGGAGCGCUGUACUCAUAUCUUUUGGAAUUUAUUAAAUCUGUCGAAAAGCCAACCAACACGGACGUAGAAAAUUUUAUGGAUAUUCAACUUUCAUUAAAUAAAUUGAACAAUGAUCAAAUUGACACGAUCUUAAUGUUAUUAUCCACGUCAGAGACAGUCCAAUAUCAAGAACUAUUUUUAAAGCUUUUGAACGAUGAAAGAUUUCGUAACCAGUGGCAAAAAGUGAGGCGAACGACGAAAGUCCAGAUCUGUAUUACAUGGGUAAAAACGAGAGCGUGCGUCAAAGAAGAGAGUAACAUAAAAGUUGCGAGGUCUUAUCAAUUUGCGGAAGAACUUAUAUCUUGCACACUAGUUAAUAAAGACCUUUGUAACAUGUUGUUGGAUUCUGUUCGUGAAUGUCUGUUUCAAAACGUGGAAGCCGAAGUUAUAUGUCAAGAGUUGAAAGAUCUCGACAAGUUUCUACAAUUUGAUGUUCGUGAGAGCUGUAUUCAUCUUAUCGAGGAUAUACUUGACAAAAGUUUGCACAUUGUUAACGACCAAAGACUGCUAAGUCAGUUUUCCCACUCCAG